GCCACCAAGCCGCCUCUGUACGCAGGAUGAAGCCGUGUCUGCUGCUCCUGGCCGGCCUGCUGGCCGCCGUCGUCGCAGUGCCAACGCCGUGCCGGCUUGGUCCUAACUACAUAGACCAGUGCCAGAACAAAUGUCAGUGCCAGCCUGACGGGCAGUACGCGUGCACCAGUGAGUCGUGCUGGGGCAGCGGUAAGCCCGAAGAGCCCAUGCGCUGUGAAGUCGAUGGCAACAUUCGCACCGAAGAGAAGGUCCGCUAUUUCUGCGAGGACGGCAUCGUCCGCUUUGACAACACCGACGCUCCAAACUCGUGCACCCCCGGCACCAGCUGGAUAGACAAGUGCAACAGCUGCUUCUGCAAUGAAAAUGGCUUAGCUGGAUGCACCUUGAAAGGAUGUUUAGAAGAGGAGAACCCGAUUUUGUCCGGAGGCGGCGGUGCUGGCGUCGGCGCCGGCGGGGCCAAGCGCUACUGUGGUGGAGCCUGCGCGGCCGACUGUGGCGAGGUGUUUGACGACGGCGGCCAGUGCUACACCUGCCAGUGCGGCGCCCAGCUGCAGUUCGGCGAGCUGGAGGUGCCCAUCGACCAGCCGUGCCCGGAGGGCCUCCAGCAGGGGCCGACUUUGUUCGUCACCAAGAUCUGCAGAGCCCAAGGCUGCACCCCUGGCGCCACGUGGAAGGUCAAUGACGGCUGCAGCACGUGCGUCUGUACCAAGGACGGAGAGGCGGCGUGCUCCCCAUGCCAGAGGGAGGCCACCAACUUGACCGUGACAUGCAAAGACGGCCACGGCGAGUGCCCACAAGACUGCGGCCAGGCCUACAACGCCGAGAAGGACUGCUUCGACUGUCGGUGCGGCGUCGGCGAGCCCGGCGACGACAUUGUCGCCGUGGGCGAUCCGUGUCCGCCGGGCACCGGCAUCCGGGAAAUCGGCGCUUUCAUACAAGCCUGCGGCCCUCUCGACUCGUUGCCCAGGGGCGACACAAAGAGUUGCGGCGAAGCGGACGCGUCAGGCGCCGUGAGAACGGCGGAGUGCCCCGCCGACUGUGGUCUGGUGUGGUUCGCCAGGGAAGAGAACUGUGCCUACUGCCAGUGUGGACCGAAGGUAGAGCCUGGCGACGAGAUAGUGCCGAUCGGGCAGGAGUGCCGCGCGCCCAUGCUGCCCGGCCCCAACCAAAUGGUCACCCGGGUGUGCCGGGCGCCCACCAGAGAGGAGUGCGUGCCAGACACAGUCUACAACAUCGAAUGCGACAUCUGCAUCUGCCAGGCGAACGGCGUUCCGACGUGCACCAAACGCGACUGCUCUCUCCCCAAGUUCGGGGACCUGCACGUCUGCGACGCCGAGUUCCGCCAGUGCCCGCCCGACUGCGGCGAGGCCGGCGCCGACGCCUACUGCCAGCACUGCCAGUGCGGGCCGCGCCUCGAGGAGGGCGACAUCACCGUGCCCAUCGAGGAGGAGUGCCCCGCCGGCUUCAGCUUCAAGGAGUCCCAGUUCGUCACCAAGACGUGCCGGCCGGAGCCCGUCCCGGAAGGCCACACUCUGUGAAGCCCACCGAGAGGACGGGACCGGGGCCGCCCUGCCAGGCAACCGACCGCGACCGUCGAGCACGGCGAACCGUCGGCCGGGCUGGAUAACACGCAGACUGAUGCCACUGUAUGUGAAUAACGCUGCUGUGACGGUCGUUGUGCUGCCGGACACUCAACGGGAAUUUCCAUACGUGUGUUUCGCCCGCUUUGUCCCAGCCACUUGUGUAAUACAGUUAAACCAGAACCUGCUUGCUGGGUGACGACAUAUGCCGCUCUUGAGGAAUAUGCAUUGAGGCUUGGCCUUACCGGGUCCAGCUAGCAGACCCAUCAUCACCACUCCUGCAAGAUUCCGGAUUACCUCCACUCAUGCAGCACUGAUUUGGAUUCGUCGCGG